AUGGAAUCAAGCAUGAUGCCUCAAACUGUACAACAAAAACCUGUCUUCAACAGAGCCAACUUUGCUCAACAAAAGCUGGGCAUGUACCAAGCCGUGGCUCCCGCCUCGCCUGCCUACUCUAGACCCGGUUCAUCUUGCUCGCAACAGCCAGCUAUGUUCGGAAAUGGUCCGGCCGUCUUGACGCCAACAGGAUCGCCGCCCCCUACCAGCUAUAAGCCUGCCAUCAUGCUGGAAACGGAAUUUGGUGACAACCCCUACUUCCCUUCCACGCCGCCAUUGUCUACCACGGGCAGUGCAGUCGGCAGUCCGAAGAGCUGCGAUGUGCUCCAGACCCCGUUGAACCCAAUGUUCUCCGGUUUGGAUGGCCUUGGCGUUGCAAAGUCGGGAUUUGAGUCUAUCGAGAGCUCAAUCCUUGACUGGGCUAGCUGUGGCUCACCACCAAUGACACCAGUUUUCAUUCACUCUCAACCGUCCAGGAUUCCCUCGCUUAGCAGCACGGCAAGUGAUUUGUCAAACAUUUCUUGCCCAUCUUUGUCUCCGUCACCUGCACCGUACGCCAGAUCUGUGUCCUCUGAGAACGACGUCGACUUCUGCGACCCGCGCAAUUUGACUGUUUCUGCCUCGUCUAACCCAACUCUGGCCCCGGAAUUCAACCUCAACAACUUUGGCGAGGAAGAAGUCAAGUCUUUAGAGCAGGGGUCUAUUGACACGUCGGUCCUGUCCCAGCCUGCAUUUGACUUCAGCCCUGCUAUUGCAAGCGGUCUGCCUGCUUUCGAGGAGCUUUCCGAUUUUGAAUCUGAGGACGAGCUGUCCAACUUGGUGAAGUCUGGUGAGGCGUCUCGACCUCGAGCGUGCACCGGCUCAUCUGUUGUCUCUUUGGGACACGGCAGCUUCAUUGGCGACGACGACUUUAGCUUUGACGAGAACGACACUUUCCAGUUUCCCUCUCUCCCCAGCCCUCCCACGAGCGUUGAAGCUGGUGAGGAUAGCCACAAGGACAAGCGCCAAAAGAAGACCAACAACAAGGACGACCGAACCGUGGAACCUGUCAUCAACACUGCUGCAGCUGACAACCAGACCGCUGAAGUUGAAGAGAUGUCAGACCAAGCAGCCUCUCCCGUGCCCUCCGACUCCAACUCAUCUGCUGAAGCCGACACCCCAUCUGCUCCACUGCAAGCUCCCACCAACCGCCGUGGUCGCAAGCAGUCAUUGACUGAGGACCCUUCAAAGACGUUCGUUUGUGACCUUUGCAACCGACGUUUCCGCCGCCAAGAACACUUGAAGCGUCACUAUCGAUCCCUGCACACACAAGAGAAGCCUUUUGAAUGCAAUGAGUGUGGCAAGAAAUUUUCACGAAGCGACAACCUCGCUCAGCACGCUCGCACCCACUCCAGUGGCGGUGCUAUCGUCAUGAACAUCAUUGAAAACACCGAUCCUUCCACAUAUGAAGGUGGCAUGGUUGCUGGUGCACCGGUAGAUGAAUACGGAAACUACGGCAAGGUUCUCUUCCAGAUUGCCUCCGAGGUCCCUGGCAGCGCGAGCGAGCUGUCUUCAGAAGAAGCUAGUGACAACGGCAAGAAGAAGCGAAAGCGUUCCGAUUAA